CGACGGCCAGCGAACCGAGAUCGUCUGCGCUGUCGUGCCACGGCCACAUGGGCCAUGUCUUUGAGAACGAAGGCUUCCCUACGCCGACGAACCACCGCCACUGCGUCAAUAGCAUCUCGAUCAAGUUCCAGGCGGACGAGACACCCAUGAGCCUCGAUGAGGACGGCUGCGGCAUCCUGCGUCGCGUGGACGGUGCCAAGUACGGGCAGUUUUACGACGGUGCGUCGGAUCAUGUCCUGAACCCACUCAAGAAUCGGUCGACAGACACGCGGCUGGACGGGCAGCCGGGGCAGCUCCUCGUCGGCUUCAGCUUUGGCGGCAACGGCUUUGCCAACUACCGCACAGGCCAGCAGCGCUUCGUAGCCACUGACGCAGACGUGCUUGUCGCUGGUGAGGACGGCGAAAUAUUGCAGCACUAUCGCUGGGAUCCGACCUCGGCGACGACGCUGCUACGACGCCCCAUCGAUCUGCAGCUCAACUCGGUCAUGGCGCUCCAGUGCUCGAGCCAAGCAGCGAUACAGCUCACCGUCAAGCACCACAGCGUUCUUGUGUUCGAACUCGGACGACCCGUGCGGGAAUCGUACCUCAACAAGAUUCAGCACCGGCGGGUCGACGGGUCCCUCGAGCUGGCCAUCCCGCGGCCGUCGCUCGUCGAUCGCCAAGAUCGCCAGAACGAGACGCCGACCAAGAAAGCGCAGCGCUACAACUGGCAUCUGCCGCGCGUCUCGGCGAGCGGCCGCGAAGUCGACAAGGUGCGCGUCCGGUCGCACCUCCAGCCGCUCGUCGAGACCAACAAGUCGCUGGUGCUGCGGCUGAAAGCCUACACGACAGCGAUUGGGCAAAAUGUAAACGACCAAGUCGAGGCCCAGCGCAGCAUUCCUUGCCACAGCUUCUUCUCGCCGAUCAAGCGCCAGCAGAGCUACAUCCCGUCGGCCAAGAUCGUCAAGCCCAAGGCCAUCAUCAAGACCCUCCCGCGCCUCCACCCGCGGUUCUUAGACCACAUGGUCGCGCGCAUGAAGAGCACCCAGCUCCUCGUUGUUGUCUGCUCGAAUCUCUCGACGUCCGACUGCGUCCAGGCCGAGCGCAUGCUGGCGACGAUCGAAGUCGAGUGGGCGACCGACGACACCACGUACGACGAUCCCAUCGGUCGAAUCGGUGCACGAAGAAGCAACGCGUCGUGUAGGCGGCCCGUCGACGACGACACGCCGCCGCUUCACAACCAUGGGGCGUACGAGGACCCGGCGCCCGACCGCGCGCUCAGCGCCAAGCGCAUCGUGCUCGCCGACUGCUCAACCUCGACACUUCUGAGCUCGCGCCACAACUUUCGCGUCUACCCCAUGUUCCUCAUGUACUAUGGCGGCCAGCUCGGGUUCUGCGCCAACACGUUCAACGGCUUUGGCCGAUCCGCAAAUGACUUUGCCGCGCAGGUCAAGACGACGCUUCGCAGCUGUCAGCGCAACCAGUUCCUCGCCGCCAACUUUCGGUUUCCGUCCAUGGACGACCCGAUCGUGUCAUAG